UCUUUAUUUCCAAAAGAAAAGAUCAUGAGCAUUCACCUGUCGCCUCUUCUUCUUUAUCUUGUUGUUUAUUUCGUCUAAUCUGGUGUACAUUUCCAACCUUGCCAUGACAGAGUUCAUAUCCCUCUCGCUGUCCCUUUGACUGACUGGAAUUAUUGAUACGCGUAGAAAUCUCUCUCAGCCUUCAAUUUUCUUUCUUUGUUUAUUGGACGGUUUCUUGGUAGUUGGCGAGCAGUGCUCCAGCUCCAUCCAGGGGCCACGAACGUGGGUCUGGAGGAGAUCUGAGCCUCCUCCGUGAGGAAGGAAAUUUGCUCAAGUCCACCUAAGAUUUCAUCGACGAUCACUUCGACACAUGAGAUGAAGGCAAGAAGCAGCUUCUACGCUCAGUGACAGCUCGGUCCUUCCAUCCCAUUCCCAGGUGAAGAUCAAUGGCUACUACUAGUAGUACGGCCUGGGGAUCUCACCGGCAGUUCUCGGCCCUGCUAUCCUCGGCGGUCCUGGAAUGGGUGCUGAUCCUGCUGAUGCUGCUGGAGGGCCUGCUGUCCCGCCUGGCCACGGCGUUCGCGCGCCUCUGCAACCUCCCGCCGCCCUGCCCGGCGUGCGCGCGGCUCGACGCCGUCCUCGGCGGGGCGCGCCCGGGAUCCUCCUACCGCGACCUCCUCUGCAGCUCCCACAGGGCCGAAGCGUCGUCUUCCCGGGCGUUCUGCCAUGACGGUGGCAUGGGCAUUGGGGACGUUUUGCGAGAUCGGCUUGCCGUCGACGACGAGAUCGAUCGCGCCGGGUACAGUGAGCUGAGGGCCUCCGACUCCGAGUCCGAGCUGAGAAGAAGAUCGCCGGAGGACGCCGCCGCCAUCGAUCGGUUAAAGAAGCAGCUUACUUUGACGCAAGUUCAGAGUGGCGUCCCGGACAGAACACACGCUGCUGAAGAUUCAAGGGAGCCGGGCAGCAUCGAGGCCGACAUUCAGUCAACUGAUCUUCCCACAAAAGAUGAAGAACCUCAUACGAAGGUUGCAAAUGGCGUUCUUCAAUCCGAGCUGAUGCAAGUUCAGAGUGGCAAAUUACACUCUGAAGAUCCAGACAACAUUCAGACAAGUGAUGUUUCAACAAAAGAUGAAGAACCCCAUACAGAUACAGGAGAUCAUAACCCAGAAGAAGAUGUGUGGCACGACGCUGAUGAUGGCGAACCAUCUGAAACCGAAGCUGCAGCGGAUGAGCCGGACCCUGAAUUUUCCGACAGAGCCACCACACGGCAGGAUUCCUUGAGAGUCCACCAGCACCUGAAGCUGCUGCUCUCGCAGCUCUCCACUUCGUCUUCUUUCCGGGCGCCCGACAGCCCGAGCGUGCAGGAGCAGCAGCACGAGCAGGCCGUGCUGCGCAACAUCACCAGGGCGCUCUCCCUGCAGCGGAACUACUCGGGCGUCUCCGACGGCAGCGUGGCCGGCGCUGAAGGUGAGGCUGAAGAGUGCGGCACGGUUGAUGAGCUGAAGCGGCGGGUGGAGCUGGACCGCAGGUCCAUGGCGCUCCUCUGGAAGGAGCUGGAGGAGGAGCGGAGCGCGUCGGCGGUGGCGACCAGCCAGGCCAUGGCCAUGAUCACCAGGCUGCAGGAGGAGAAGGCGGCCAUGCGGACGGAGGCCGCGCAGUACCGCAGGGUCAUGGAGGAGCAGAGCGCGUACGACCGGGAUGACGCCGAGCGGCUGGCCGGCGUCGUGCGGGAGCUCGAGGCCGAGGUCGAGGGAUACAAGGCCAGGCUCAGGGACCACGAGAUCGUCGGCGAGAUCCGCGACCAUAUGCGGCUCCUUCCGUGCCAGAGAGAAGGCGAAACCGGCGGCGUGCCCGGAGCGGCCGGAGAGGAAUUCUCCGGCGGCGGCUCCGAGGACGACGAGAACGCGCGCGCCUGGAAGCAGCUGAGGGGGCUGACGGACAGGCUCCACCGGCUCUCGAACAACAGCAGCGGGAGCGUCCAAGAACCGGAGCCCACCGACGUCGAACAAGAAGAAGAGGGCGGCGGCGGCAAGGAGGAGGACACGACGGAAGCUUCGGUGGUCGGCAAGCGCGUGAGGAACGGCGACAACUUCACGAAAUGGCAGCAUCUUCAGUCCAUCGAGACGACGAGCAAGGGCUCCACUCACGGCCACGGCCACCGAGGAGACGACGGCGGCGGCGAGGGCGACGACACGGCCGCGUUGGAGGAGGAGAUCGGUGAGCUCAGCCGGCGGCUGCAGGCGCUGGAAGCGGACCGGAGCUUCCUGGAGCACAGCGUGAACUCGCUGAGGAACGGGAGGGACGGCGAGGCGGUGAUCCACGACAUCGCUCGCAGCCUCAGAGAGCUCCGGAAGACGCUUGGAGAAGAUACCAUGGCUAGCUGAAAGUUUCAGCGGCCGGGGUCAUGCUCAUGCAGCAUACACACACAGAGGUGACCAAUUCUUCAACCUUCGCACUGAAAAUGCUUCGUGAUCAAUCUGCUGGAAGUUCAUCUGAACUUUUUAUAUGAACUACACCUCCGAUCGAUCCAGUGAUCAUCACCGCUGCUAAUCUCACUUUGAUCCUUGUGAUUUGAUCGGCUGGAGUUGGAGCUGAUCGAAGGUUGUGCAUGAUGUAGGUUGUAAAUAGUGAUGAGGCUCGUUGACCGUACAAUAAGCAUGUGUGCAUAUAUGGUGGUGGACUGGUGCUGGUUGGUUUGCAAGUGGACCAGGAUUUUUUGCGUCGAGUGUUUGUUGUGCAAUGCAUUACAGAAGUAGAGUGUCAUGGAAUUUGCACCCGUUUCAUGUAGUACAAAUUUUUAUCUUGACGGGUUUGAAAUAUUGUGAGGAUGUAAGUAUGAUGCAUAA